AUGGAUAGAAAGAACGGUAACUGCGUGGUGCAUGUUCGCCAGGAUUCGGAUAAUGAUCUCAAAGCGCUUUUCGAUGUCGUCAACCCAGCAAACGUCUCCAAGACAAUUCCCGAAACAACUCCGUCGAAUUCGCUACCGAUGCGAUUGCGGAAGCUGCCUCCUUCGUUCUUUAAGCAGCCUCCUCUAGAUGGCGGGUUAUCACCCGAACAGGAACAUCCCUCGGGCCUUACAAUUUCGCACUCAAGAGCGCAUUCGUCGCCAGCUUCACUAACAGUUCGUGCGAGUCUUAAAGGACCUCCAAACCACUCCUUGGCUCCUCCGGUUCAUCACCAGCGAUCAACGUCCUUUGAUCACACUGCUUUACUCGAAGAGCCCGCGCAAAUGCCUCCUGGAUGGGAAAUGAGAACAACUUCUAACGGUCAGCGCUAUUUCAUGAAGUAAGUUUGUUGCUACUUUAGCGCGCUAGCUAGUGCAUAAUCAGUUUCUUAACUAAACGUCAGUUAAAUUACCUGUUUUAAAUAUUAAAACGCAAGCACAGGAAAACGUCAGUGCUAAGUAAAUUUCUUCACUUAACGACGCUCGACGUGUAAAGCGGCCAAUUAAAGCUUAAUGGUUUAUCGAAUUUAGAAGUAGUAGUAUGUGGGACUUCGGUUGAAAUUUGGUGUCUUAUCGUCUUCGGAAAGCUGGAAGCAUUUGAAACCUGUUUUACUUUGAGACGUGUCUCAAUAUGGCGGGUUGCCAAUUGGUAUUUGACAGUGUGUGUAGAUAGGUUGAUUUUACGAUAGUAAGAUUAAAGACCUGUUGUUCUUUCUCUGCAGUCACUUCGAACAAAUAACAACUUGGCAAGACCCGAGAAAAACUCAAUCAACUUCGAAUUUAAACAACGCUCAGGCAGCGGGCAACUUACCCGAUGGUUGGGAACAGGCGAUAACACCAGAGGGCGAUAUUUACUAUAUCAACCACAUAGAAAGAACAACAAGUUGGAUCGAUCCGAGAAUGGCGAUGCAAGUUCGCGGCCAAGACAGCCUUCGACCUUCGAAUAUGCCGCCUGAAAUGCAUCGACACCGAACCAUGCAACUUCAACGCCUUCAGAGAGAACGCGAGGAGCUUUUGAAGCGACAGCAGGAGUUAUUGAAGCAAGAGAUCCGAUUGAAACGCGAUAUUCUCGAGGAGGGAGGCACGAAGCCGUCUCUACUCGGCAACUUGACACGAGAAGUGCCUGGUUUUCUCACUGCGCAAGAUAACGCGCCUGUAACUAAUGGUGGCCACAUAAGAGACGACUCCUUCGAUUCUGGGCUCGGUAUGACUGGAGGUAAUUACUUCCAAGAUGUGGACAUGAACGAUUCGCAACAACCGAUGUUCGACGCGAAUUACAACUCAAAGGAAGCUUUUCGCGCGGAUCCGGUUAGGCGUCAACUCCCAGACAUUUUAGACUUACCCGGCACAAAUGUAGACAUUGGAGUAAUGGAGGGAACAGAUAACUCCACAAAUAUGGAAACAGACGAUCUUGGAGUUGGGUUGGACUUUAAUUCGGACAUGUUGAACGACGUCGAAUCUGUGCUAAUAUCCCCCGGAAAUUUGACGUGGCUCUGA